UCGCAGAAGGCAGAAUCGAAAGUCGCAGGUCUCCCUCAAAUCCCAGUCAACAUUGUCCCUUUGCCCUUCGGUGCAUUGAGUUUUGGCAAGUUGCCUUCUUUGGAGAGCACCAAACCCCAUGUCAACUUUGAAAGAAAUCCUUGCACGGCGACCUGUGGCGGCCACCAUCAGGCUGACUGUGCCGGCUGGAGGGGCACGACCUGCACCACCUGUGGGUCCAGCAUUGGGUCAGUAUAGGCUCAACUUAAUGGCCUUCUGCAAGGAUUUCAAUGCACGAACACAGAAGUACAAGCCAGACACACCCAUGGCAGUGACAAUCACGGCCUUCAAGGAUAACACUUUUGAAUUCACCGUCAAAUCUCCCUCUGUGACUUGGUAUCUCAAGAAAGCAGCUGGAAUCGAAUCCGGCAGCAGCCGCCCAGGCCACAUGGUGGCUUCUACACUCUCUCUAAAGCACAUCUAUGAGAUCGCCAAGAUUAAACAGUCUGAUCCUUAUUGCCAAUACAUGUCUCUUGAAUCUAUUUCCAAGUCCAUCAUUGGCACUGCUAAUACAAUGGGAAUUAAGAUUGUUAAGGAACUAGAUUGAUUCCUCGAUAGCUGUUUUCCCUCUAUCCUUGGGUUUGAGGCAUCCCCUUUCUCACACUGGAAUGAUAGCAGUGGUUGUAUUCCCUCCUCUGUUGGAACUUGAGAGAAAUGAGAAUGGGAUUUUGCACUGGAAUUCAGUUCAAGACAAUGUUUUACUUGUAUGCAUAGCAAACGUGCUAGGAAUAACAAGUUGAAAUGGCGCUUCUUUUGCUGCUGAGUGCUGAGUGUUUCAUUUUUGGUUUUUAGUAGUCAUUGAAUAUUCAUUGAGCACUGAUUAAAAAUGAAGCACAAGCUUUUCAAAAUUUACACUCAGGAGA